CGGCUGUGCCUUCGAGGGCACACAUCACCUGUUCGGUCCGGCAGUGUCGCGGUAGUUAAAAAAACAACAACACCAACGAACGACGAACCACGGUAGGGUGGAACAACACAGUAUCACCCUACCCACACACACACAUAUACACACCACGCAUUUCGCCCUUGGUGCACAUAGGGAGUCGACAAAAAAAGGCAGAAUUAAGCCAUAUUUGACCGGCGUGCAGUAUUAGCAUUAGUGCGAGUGUCAGUGUGUUUUUCUGUGUGUUUACUUUUUUGUGUGCUUUCUUUGUUAUUGUGCCACACGGCAACCACGAUACCCACCCAAAAACACGCGCAUUUCGGUGACGACUAAGACGACCGAUUACUGCCCCGCCGAACAUCUUCUACCGAACGUCCCAUCGGUUGGUAUUUUAACUAUUUUAGCAGUUGGCGGUCCCUUUUUGCUGUUGUUUUGCGUGGUGGCCUGGCGUACGGUUGCAGUGCCUUUGCUUUAUCACAUUUCGGUUCGAUUCGCGCGAAUGUCUCGACACGCGGAUUACGCGGGCGAAGGUUUAUUUUUUCUCGCACCCAACCGAAUAGAUCUAAGCUCCCUGACUCGCCGGGCAGAAGUGAAAUAAGAUUUCAGUGAAUUUCGGUUACGGUUGGGAGGUUGUGCGCGUGAAUUUCCACACCACAGUGAUUAGAAACGGCUGGUGACGGUGGCUGCGGCUGGUGUGAAAAUUGAUCUAGUGAAGCUUAUCGGAAGGGCUUAACGUGUGUGCGGGAUUUAGUGAUUUUAUUCUACGCUUCCCUCUCCCUACGGCUUGCUUGCCCUAGAAUUGUGGUGUGUGUGCAAAUUUGCUAUAGCAAGCGAAGAUUCCUCGAAGUGACACGCGGUGGGUGUUGGUGGUUUUUGUACAGAAAAUAAGAGCUUACUUCUACUCUGCGAACGGUGCCCGCCCGGAAUCGUUGCUGCUACAUUGCAACACUGAGCAAAAAGAUUUCUCUCCAUCCAACCGAUGGCCAAACGGAUCGUGCUCGGCUAAGCUGAUUUCACUGUGGUUCACAUUCCACCCGGUGAUCGAUUUUGAUCUCCGAAAAAGAUAGAAACCUAUUGCCUCCAUUAUAACAUGCGCUUGUUUAAGGCCAAAAAACUGCUCGAAGGACCGCAAGUGUUGACUCGUGGUGCUGGUGCUUCCCCGGCCGAGACAACCAACGGUGCCACCUAUAAUGACAUUAUCGUUCUGGCCGGAUCCGGAACACCUCAAUCAGCCACCAAAUUUGAACCCGAUCUACCCUCACUGAUAAACGAAGAGGUUUCGACCGGGACAGAACCACACGCCGCACCGGAUGCAAGCGCCACUCCUGCACCGGUCUCGAACGCAUUUGUACCGCCCGACUGCAAUCAGCAUCUCACCGAACCACCGGUGGUGGCACCGAUGGCCCCGAUACCGCACGCCGAUUCGACCGAUAACGUGGUUUGCAGCAUUAAUAACGCUUCAUCAGCCGAGUCUCCGCACGUACGCAAUCAAGGUGUUGAGGCUCGACUGAUGCGUGAACAUCUGCGACCGAGAACUCCACCGCCCGGUUCGCAGCUGGGUCAUGGCCAGCCGAAUGCAACGAUCGGCCGCAACGGAAUCGGUACGCUCGCCGGCUUUCGGAUGGUGACCGCCGUACCGGCGAUGGUUCUCGAGGACGAUCCGCCCCUGAGGGCCGCCAAGGAGAGCAAGAACGUAUUCACAUGGGGCCGCAAAAUGGGCAAAAAGUUCGAUCUACUUCGUCGCGGUAGCGAUGCACACAAACUAGCCGGUCCCGGCAGUGUCGCACUCGUCUCAGUAGCUCCCCCAGUAGUGCCACCGUCAUCCGCGUCCACCACCUCGAUGUCUCCGAUCAGUACGGCAGCGUCCAUCUCGUCCUCCUCGGAACCGUGCAUCAGUUCGAUCUGCGGUGACCAGGAGCGAAAAGGAAAGUCCACUGCCCCGCUGAAGGCAUACCAAAGUCAGCGUUCCACGAACGGGUCCACCAACGGGCACGAUCCGCUGGUGAAGCUCAACUCGGAACGUUCUUCGGGCACGUUCCGGAACUUUUUCUACCGGAUGGGAUCUACCGGCAUGCUUAACCACAAGUCUAACCACUAUCAGAAGCAGCAGUUCCUGCAGCAGCAGCAACAGCAGCAGCAGCAACAGCAGCAGCAGCAACACCAGCAACAACAGAACCAGCAACAAUCUCACCAACUACUGCAGCACAUGUCUCUCGCGCAGACGCAAGCGGACCUGAGCAAGAUGGAUCAUCAGCAGAUGCUUUAUCGCAGUAGUUCGACCAGUCAGCUUAAUACCUCCUCUUACGUCAAGUGUGACGAUCCUACCGACGGUAUCAAUCUAGCCAAUGGGCACACAAAGACAUCCGUCGGCGGUUCGUCCUCAUCGUCGCAGCUCCAUCUGACGGGUUUGCGAGACGACAACACGAACGGAGCCGGAAGUGGAACUGGAGCUAGCCAAGAAACGGGCCCGCCCGGGACGCCCUGUACAACCGCCACCAAAUCUUCCAGCUGUGACGACAUUGCACGGGUUGGUCAGCAAUCAAGCCCAGCGGAGGGUGCUCUCUCGAAGAAGAACCACUUCCCAUACGCAUUCCUGCGCUCGAAGCUUUCUGUGCUUCCGGAAGAGAACGGCGGUUCGGUUAUUAACUACAGCCGCAUCAAGGAGAACCUGCUCCGUACGGGGAAUCGAGGCUCUAUUGUGAGCCUCCGGUCAGAUCUCGACAGUGUGUCCAUUACCGACUCACAGCUCAACAUCUCGGGUGAAAGUGGUAGCGAUGUGUUCCUGCCGACUGCCACGGACAACAAGUCCAUUGGGACGAGUAGCGAUGUGGGCAUCAUGUCGCGUAAUAACUCCAUCAAGACACUGACCGACACGGAGCAUAGCUUCGUGAUGAACUAUCAGCGACUGAGCAGCUGUUUGAGUAGCAACGAGUCAGGGUACGAUAGUGAUGGACGCCACGCAGAGGACAAGAUCGAUGACGCUAGCAAUGCGUCACUCAACAGUAGUGUGAGUUCCUCUCACCAUCACCACCAUCAUCAUCAGCAGCAGCUCUCUGGAGCGCUUUCGACGUCCUUCAAUGGAGGUGAUGCGUACGUGGACGCGAUCCGAACGAAGGACCAAUCGUACGUUUUCGGUAGCCGGAGGCGUCUAUCGUCGUCCUCUUCGUCGAUCGUUUCCGGUGCUGGACCGGGCGGUGGGUUUGACUGUGGCACGAUACGCCGCCGGUUCCGGCAGAUCAAGCUGGUCAAGCAGCAGGGAGACGAAACGAUCGGUAUCGAGCUGACACCGCAAACCAUCGGGCUGGAUGAGGGCGAGUGUGAGACGCGCUAUCUGGUCACCGAGAUCGAUCCGGAAGGGAUUGCUUACAAGGAUGGCCGAUUGCGCAUCGGCGACGAGAUUGUGAACGUAAACGGGCAUCAUUUACGUGGCCUGCAGUCUCCCAGCACUGUCCACCGUAUCCUGUCGACAUUUGUCAACAAUGUCGUAGAUCUUGUCAUUGCACAUGACGAGUUAACUACGUUCAGCUCUGACGCCAAUCGAAAGAUUAAGAUCGAUUCCCGGCCAAUCGGCGGUGCCACCGGUGGUCCCUCCGGUGCGAUCUCGAUCAACUCCUCCGACGGAUCGUCGGCGUCCUCGUCAUCGUCGUCCUCACCGACGACCCGCGCAUCCAAGUCGUCCGUAACGGCGGUCGGUGGCGCUGGGGGCCAACCGGCGAAACCAUUCCCGCUGACACCGAUCUACGCACCGUCCGACUAUGUGCCGGUGUACGCGAACCGCAUCUCGAUCUCGAACACGAUCUGCGACGAUGAAAAGUGGCAAAUGAUUAGCAAGCAGCGGUGUGAAGCGUUGGCCAAGAACGGGUACUCCCAGAUACUCGGCUCGAAGCGGCUCAUCAAGGAUAGUGAUGAGGAGAUGAACGUGCAGAAUGGUGGGCCAUCGAGCCAACCGAAGCAUCUCAUCGAUUCGAACGAGACGGGACUUUACUCGCUCUACCGGCCUGUGUCACACGGCAGCAUCAACCAAUCGAUACGUCACCUGACGAGCAGUGGCGAGACGAACGGUUCCCGAGCUUCCAUCGCCGAGGGAGGCCAUCCGACCGUGCUGGUGCAGGUAAUCUCUGACACGAUUCGCCGUAACGUCCCGAUCGGUUCCUCCCGGCAAGCGCAGCUCGAAGGCUACCGAGGGACGAAGGCACCGAAAAGUGAGGAAGACAUCCCGCGCUCGGUACAGCGAAUACGACUCAAAUCGGAUGAUGCAGAUCUGGAGGGUAAGCCCGAUGGGAGUGCUCCGUUGCAGCGCUCCAAGACGGAGAAUAACAUUAGCGGUACGCGUGAGGAUUUGGACUGCUCACUGGAUGGGUCAAAGUUUGAAGCCGGCGUACGGAUAUUGAUCAACGAGGAGGGAUCAUCUUACAUCGAGGGAAUACACAAGUGUACCUAUCUUACUGUCACCUUCUACAAGGGAACUGGGAUGAAAUCGCUCGGAUUUAGUAUUGUUGGUGGCCGUGACUCGCCGCGCGGUAACAUGGGCAUCUACGUGAAGACCGUCUUUCCGAGCGGACAGGCUGCGCUCGAUGGAACGUUAAUGGCAGGAGAUGAAAUUCUAUCCAUCAACGACGUCGCCGUGCAGGGUAUGAGCCACUGCGAAACGAUAGCACUGUUCAAGAACGUCAAGGAAGGACCGGUUGUGCUGAAGCUGGCCCGAAGAAGGUACCAUCGGGCAAAGUCAGUGGAUAAUCUACCGAACUGAGCGACCGAGCGAGCGAGCUCGCGCAUCCAACCCCAAGAAGCGAUUUCAACCGACCGACUAUUAUUAUUUAUUCCACCCACGAAACCUCUCCUCCCCCACGGACACGUUUCAAUUCUAGUCACCAGUUCUUGUUAUAGUGCUUUGGUGUGGACCGUGCUGCCGGACACAAAACGCGUGGCGUUUUAUUUUAUUAAUUUCCCUCAGACGAGAGUACUGAGCGACCUAUUCUUUAAGAUUUCAGCUACAGAGCAAGGCAAAAACAUACUACAAGCUAUUCCAAAAAACUACGACGAUAGAAAGAGAGGACGGAGCUUCUUCGUACAGCACACCGGCAUACUAAUUCGCACGGCACACGUACUCCCAUGAUGGCUACCGAACAGUGGCCGCAAAGUGAGAUACGCGCAAGAUGGAAGCACGCACUGUCUCGCGCUCAUCGAACUCGUAUUUGCUCCGAAUCGGAUUCCGUU